AUGCGGCUUGAUGGCACAGUGCAAGAGAAAAUAGUGUUAGAUGUAGAGACUGGCUCGAUCGAACUUCGUCAGUGGCGGGGUCGCGUGAACAACUUUACAAACUGGGUAUUGUUUUUGUUGCAAUGUAACACGGACACGCAAUUUAUUGGGUCGGGAGAGGCAGCGAAAGCUGCUGUCUUUUACAUCACAGAGUAUAUUAUGAAAGGGGAUGUUCCCAUGUAUGUUGGUUUACAGGCGUUGGAUUUCGCUACAAAGAUGCAUGAUGCUAAGUCUAUUGAUACAGAAAGUGUCAAUGAUGCUCACAGGUGUCGAAAUGUGAUCUCGAACUUGUACGUUUCGAGGAGCGCUUGA